AUGUUGAAAGAUCAACCUAGUUCUCCUAUGUCAAAGGUGUCUAGUAUACCUGAUAUAUUGUUUAAUGGGAGUAAAUUAAAUAAAAGAGGUGGUUCUAAAAAUAAGAAAGAUAAAAAUCAAAAUAGCGCAUCUAAUUCAUUUAUUCAAGGGAACGAUGAUAUAUCAAGAUAUUCUAUCGAUUUACAAGAUGAUAAAGAUAACGAGACUGAAUACUCAGCUGAUAUUCAACCGUUAACAUUUAAAAUGAAGAGAACUCCUGAACCUGAACCUGAACCUGAACCUGAACCUGAAGCGGAAUCAAAGGAUACACCCAGAGAAUAUCUUGACUCAUUGGAACAAAUUAGGAAGCAGAUUCAAAGACUAACUAAUGGUAGUUCUGAUUCAAAUGGUUUAAUGACUAAUGGUAAUCGUUUUCAAAAUAAUUCAAAUAGUAUGCCUUGGAAUUUUGGUAAUAUUGAUAAAGAACAGUUCGAAGAAUAUUUAGAAAAACCUAGUUAUAUUAGAUGUUUACCAAGAAAACUUGAUUUUAAUAUAUUCAAUAGAUUGUUUUUAGCUCAAGAGUUAAAGGAUACUUCGGAUGAACAUGAAUUUUCAUUUGAUCCUAAAAUGAAUAACAAUUCGAUGAAAAAGACAAGAAGCAGGGGUAGAGGCUCCGUAUCGUCGAAUGUGUCUAAUUCGGAUUCUUUGAAGAGAGCAAUUUGGAAAAUACAGUUUAGUUUGGAUGGGAAAUAUAUGGCCGUUGGAAGUAAAGAUGGAACAGUAAAGAUUUUGAAAGUUAUUAGUUCCCCUGUUGAACGAUGGGAAAUGGAUAAUAUGGAUGAAUACAAAAAAAAAUCAAGAGCAAAAAAAAUGUUACGAAUGAAACAAAUGGCUGCAUCAUCUACUUUUAAUCAAUUAAACAAUGGGAAAAUGGGAGAGAAUAUUACCGACUUUGAAAAUAAUACUUUUGAACAUCAUAAUAAUAACAGCGAUUCUACUAAUUUAUAUGCGCCUGUAUUUCACCACACUCCAUAUAAAAUCUUUAAAGAACAUACAUUUGAUGUCUUGGAUCUAGAUUGGUCCAAAAAUAAUUUUCUCUUGACAGCAUCAAUGGAUAAAACUGUCAAAUUAUGGCAUUUAGAGAGGAAAGAAUCUUUAAGAACAUUUCAUCAUGCAGAUUUCGUUACAGGUGCAAAAUUUCAUCCAACUGAUGAUAGGUUUUUUGUUACUGGUUGUCUAGAUCAUAAAUGUAGACUUUGGUCGAUUAUUGAUAACGAAGUAAGUUACGAAUAUGAUUGUCAAGAUCUUAUAACAUCAAUUGAAAUAUCGAAAUUUGAUGGGAAAUACACGAUCAUUGGUACUUUCAAUGGGUUUAUUCAUGUCCUGUUAACAAAGGGCCUAACACCUGUAUUGGCAUUCCAUGUGUCGGAUAAAGAAAUAGGAAAGAACGACGCAAAGUUGCCUUCAUCUUCAAAACAUAUAAGUGGUCCACGUAUUACUGGAAUCCAAAUAGUUGGUGGAAUAAAGGAACCUUUAGUUUUAUUAAUAACAAGUAAUGAUUCAAGGAUUCGUGUAUUCGAUAUUGAAAAACGAAAGUUGGUAGAAUUCUUAAAAGGAUUCCAAAGUGGUUCAUCUCAACAUCAAGCGUUUUAUCUUGAUAAUAAUGGAGAAUCAACUGUUCUAUGUAGUAGUGACGACCAUUGGUUAUAUGGUUGGACAUUGAAAACUAGGGAUGAGAACACCAUGGAGAAGGAAGGAUCUCAAUCGGGGUCAACGAUUGAUAAAAAUCAUGAUUCACAUCUAGAUAUAUCAUCAUUAUCAUCAACGGGGUCUGAGGAUCUAAGUGAAGAUAUGUUGGAUCAUGAGGAAGAUGAGAAAAUAGAGGCAUCAUUAUCUCCACCAAAUAAAAACAGAGUACGGAGACGUUCCAAAAUUUUGAAUUCCAUAAGAAAUUUAGCACAGUCUCAUCAUCGUCUACAUCAUAGUGUAAUUAAAAACUCAAAAUAUAGUUGUUUCCAUGCUCACCAUGCGCCAGUGACGACAUCUCUUGUUGCUCCAGUUGAAACUUCAAAGGUGCUAUCACUUUCUAAUGAUUUUAUUUGUGAAUUAACAUUGAAUACAAUUCGAGACAAUAAGAUGGCCUCGAGCGAGCAAUCUAUUAUAUCAUCCGCAGGAAAUACAGCAGAAGUUGUAAAGGCUAUAGGAACAAUUUUGAUUACAACAGAUAAUCAAGGCACGAUAAGAGUUUUUAGAACAGAUAUCCCAACAAAGAUAAGGAGUAAGGUCUUAAAUGAUCUAAGACAAUAUUACGAAGAUAUUAACGUUAACGCUAAUAGUCAUGGACAUCCUAAAUCGAUGAAUUGUUUCAAUAAUUCAAAUAGAGCAGACUCUUCCGUGACUAUGAAGAAAGAACCUAAUAGCAAGACUGAAUCAAGUCUAGUAUCGGGAUCUGAUGAAGUAACCCCUACAUCUAGUGCAGAUAUACUACCUACUGGGGAAUGUGACAUAUUGACAACACCAAAUGGGCAUAUAAUUAACAAUGUUCAACCAACCAGUGGACAUAACGGAGUGUAUAAAAGUUCAAGAAAUAAUAUAUCUGCCUCAAGUAUCGGAAGACUGAUGGGAAACUCAUCAUCUAGAAGACACGCAAAGAGUACCAGUUCUUCAAACUCAAAUAUGAAUACCAAAGAAAGUGGUACUGGUAGAAACAUAGUCGCAAACUUGUCUGCAUUAUCAUUAAGAUGUAAUGUCUGUAAUGGUACAAAUUUUACGCAAUACUCAAGUAGUAUGGGGUUACAAAGAGAAAACAACUAUUCAUGUGUUGAUUGUGGUACUACCCUUAACAAUUUCCGAUAA